CUCAGGUGAGCAUCUACCUGUCUCUCACAGGGGGCGUGGCUUCUUAUCAGUUCGUGUUAAAAACAGGAAAGUCGGACUGCUGAAAGGUAGUUAGCGCACAGUUCGGGUUUGCCAUGAAAAAGUCUCGGAGUGUGUCUGAGAGCUCCCUGCCCCCGCCGGAGGAUGAUGUGGACUCGGUGUGCUCCGACGAGCUGCUGCGCUCUCAGUCCCGCCGCUGGCUGUCGGAUAUCCUGAGCGGGGACCUGCCGCCGGACAGCGGAGACUUGAGGACGGUGGGCCGGGACGGGCUGUUCGUGGACCCGAACUUCCCCCUGGGAGAGCUGGAGAUGCAGCCCGGGGUCAAGUGGAAACGACCAAAGGAACUCUGUCCAUCCCCUCAGUUCAUAGUAAAUGGAGCAACCAGGCUGGAUGUUUGCCAGGGAAAACUCAAUGACUGCUGGUUACUUUCGGCUAUAGCGUCUCUCUCCAUGUAUCAGCCGCUGCUCAGGAAGGUUAUGCCUCUGGAGCAGAGUUUCCAAGAUGGAUACAACGGUUGCUUCACCUUCAGGUUCUGGCAGUACGGUCAGUGGGAGGAGGUACGGAUCGAUGAUCUGCUGCCUACUAUAGACAACAAUCUGAUCUUCCUCAGCUCCCCCCAAAAAAACGAGUUCUGGAGCUCCCUGCUGGAGAAGGCCUACGCCAAGUUGAAGGGUGGUUACAGAGCUCUGGACAUGGGCUUCCCUCAUGAGGCCAUGGUGGAUAUGACAGGCGGUGUGACGGAGGUUUUGAUGGUGGCCUCGCUUCCCAGAGACCUGCCAGCCCUUCUCAGAUAUCUGCUGGCUAGAGGAGCACUCAUCAACUGUGCCAACUGCCAGGGUUCUCUGGAGAAGAGGAAUGGACUGGGGAUCUUGUUCAGACAUGCCUACUCUCUGACUGCAGUGGAGAAGGUGAAUACAGCACACGGCGCUGAAUAUUUGGUGCGAAUCCUCAAUCCCUGGGGCAACACAGAGUGGGAGGGACCCUGGAGUGACAUGAAGGGGUCAGAGUGGAACUCGGUGAGCAUCGAGGAGCAGAAACGUCUCGGCAGAGUCAGACGGGAGGACGGAGAGUUCUGGAUGUCAGUGUCAGACUUCAGGCAGAACUUCGAGGUGAUGGAGGUGUGUCACCUGAUCGACACUCUCAGCGUGCCAGGCUCCAGCAUGCUGCCGUGGAGCUGCAUCAUGCAUCAUGGGAACUGGGUGCCGAGCAUCACAGCAGGAGGCUCUCCUCAAGGCGGUUGGUUCUUUCAGAACCCUCAGUUCUACUUUGUUCUGUCGAAGGUGGACCACAACCUCGACAGCUCUCAGAAGACCUGCUCCUUCGUAUUGGCUCUGAUGCAGAAACACCAGAGACGCAGAGGUGUUGAUCUCGCCAUCGCCCUUCACAUAUACCCGGCCCAUCCUAAGAACACGUACCUGUCCCGCGAGGACCUGAGUGAGCUCCGCCCAGUCCUCUACAGCUCCCAGUACUUCGCACGGCGGGAGGUCGUUCUUCGCGGCUCGCUUCCACCAGGUUGCUACAUCAUCAUCCCCUCCACCGCAGAGUCCAAUCAGCAGGGAGCCUUCCUCCUGCGCGUGCUGACCGAGCAGGGCAACAAUGCCACACCAGCUCAAAAACCAGCAACAGAAGACAUGUCUCCAAUAACAGAGCUUUCCUUUCCUCACCAAGCCGCCCUUCCCUCACCUCAGGCUAUCAGACAGCUGUUUAAGAAGCACUGCAACAAGAAGGGAUUUUGCAAACCACUGCACCUCUACAACCUUCUGACUGAGGCCAUUAAGGGAGGAGUGCUGGCAGGAAGCGAGAAGUACUUGGCUUUGGAGCAGUGCAAGAGCCUGGUGGUCCUCAUGGAUAGCCAAGGCAUGGCUCAGCUAAGCUGGCCUGAGUUCCAGGGUCUGUGGGACAAGAUCAGGAGGUGGACGGAUAUCUUCCUGGUGUUUGACACGAACAAAUCUCAGCGCCUCGAGUAUCAAGAGGUCAUGUCCUCACUGAAAGCAGCAGGCAUCACGGUGGAUGAUUUGGUCAUGCAGCUGGUUGGACUGAGAUACACGGAGCCAGACUUGACCAUCAGUUACCCCGGCUUCCUGUACCUGCUGAUGAAGCUGGAGAGCAUGAUCCACAAAUUUCACGCACAUGACAUGAUGGGAAUGGGAACAGUAACUGUGAGCUACAGACAGUGGCUCCACAUGACCAUGUACAACUGACCUGAAGCGGUAAACUCGGACAGUUUCACCUGGAUUUUUUUCUGCUCUUUUCCAUGAUUGUAGCAUGUGGUGGGUUUUUGUGCCAAAUGUAUCAAAGUAAAUGUUUAUUGCAGCCAUAGACGACUGAAGCAAACUGAAAACUGAAUGUUUCUGAAGCAGUUUGUGUUUCCUCGUGUGUUUCAUCACGCACUCAAACAAUAGCGACGGAAAUGUCUUUAACAACUCUCCUGAGUCAUGGAAACAUCCGGAGUCAAAGGUCAAAGCAGGAGGAGCUGCUGUGAGGAAGUUUAUUAUUGACUCUGGUGAUGAGACUUCAGUGACUUCACCUUCAUUGUCCUGUCAGUCUGACAUCGUUUCUCUACUGUCUCUAAAUUAGAAAUAAUAAACACAGACCCCCCGCCCCCCCCCUCUGAAGUGUCCUUUACUCUGUACAGUGUGUGGCUCUCUGCAGUGACCAACACCACAGGGGAUCCUCUGAGAAACAACCCUCUGCCCUUCACUCAUGUCUGGAAUGUGUAAAUAUCCGUCUUCCAGCAUCAUUCCUCAGAGUGAGAGCAGUCAGAGACGCACAGACCAGUGUGUGUGUGUGUGUGUCUGUGUGUGUGUUUCCUGCUGGGUUUCUGUUGUGUUGGAUUAAACUGGAUUUCAGAGCUACAUGUGACAGUCACAGAGCCACACCCCUCAGUGGACGCUGUUCAAAGGAAUAUUUUUGCUUUUUUUAAAUCACUUUCUUUGUGCCUGAUUCCACAGCAGCAUAUUUAUAUGAAAAUAAAAGCCAUCAUCACAACAGGAUCAAACCAUUACAAACUGCAUGGGUUCCACCAGUGUUUGUUUCUACAACAACGACACACGUCCUGAGCCAACAACAUGAACAUGUUAUUGUGCUCUGAAAUUAGAGCACCGAACAAAGAGAUCAUGAAGAUGUUUUUAUUUAGAAAAAAGGAACUCAAACCAGUUUGAUGUGGUUUCCAGUCUCUGGCUGUUUUGGUUCUGUGUGAGUGUGGAACUUCAGACUGCUGUUUCAGAUGCUUUCAGAGUUUUCUGCUCUUGGCUCUGGAUGAUGCUAUAGAGAGAGGAUAUCCUAAUAUGGUCAUCUCAGGCACCCAGCAAUUCAAAUCUGCUGUUUACAGUGAGCAGCCAAUCAGAGGAACGUUGGCUUAAAGGAAGAGGUGUGUAAUUCCACCUUUUCAGAGGAGGAACUGAGGGGCUGAUUCUGAACUGUGAAUCAUGCAAAGCUACUGUGGUAGACUAAAAUAUGGAGCUGUAGACCUGAGCAGUCCUCUUUAGAGAUGAUUGCUGCACAGCCACUCUGAGCUGAUGUCUCUUUCCAUCUGAAGUUUUGGGUGAUUCUCUUCCGGUAGGACGAACCCCGACAGACUGGUUAGCCGGUCCCACUUUUUUCCCCCCACUGAUAUAAAGCACUGCUUCCUGCAGUGUCCUCAUGCAGUCACUUUCACUUCCUGUCGUUUUCACUUUUCCCUCUUUUAUAUGUUGUAUCCAGCUUUUUGAUAUUUCCCACCUGCUCUCAGAGCUUUUCCAAACAGAUGUUCGUGGUAACAAGCUGGACAAUUUUCCAAUAAAGUUGAAAUAUACAUUUUCUAAUAAAGCCCUAAUAAAGAAUAUUU